AUGGAUAUCAACCAGGUGUUGGAGGGAACUUACGCUGCCGAUGCCAGCAUUCGUAACAGCGCAGAGCAGCAGCUGCAGCAGGCUGCCGACUCCAACUUUCCUCAAUAUCUCACUGUCCUCGGUGGCGAACUCGCAAAUGAACAAGCCGCGCCGCAAAUUCGGCAGGCAGCCGCCCUGGCGCUGAAGAACGCUUUCACCGCCCGCGAAUAUGCCCGGUUACGUCAGGUCCAGGAACGAUGGCUCGGCCUCGACCCCCAGAUCAAGCAACAAGUCAAGCAAAUGGCCCUCAGCACCCUCGCCACGCCAAACAAGGGCGUGGGCUCUGCUGCCGCACAAUUCAUUGCCUCGGUCGCCGCCAUCGAGAUACCCCGCAACCAAUGGCCGGAGCUCAUGACGACGCUCGUCGAGAAUGUCGGUCAGGGCAGCGACAGCCAAAAGCAAUCUUCGCUCACGACAAUUGGCUUUGUGUGUGACACAGACGACGUGGAGCUGCGCGACGCCCUGGCACACCACUCCAAUGCCAUCCUGACGGCCGUUGUCCAGGGUGCCCGCAAGGAGGAGACCAACAACGAUGUCCGCGUGGCCGCCAUCAACGCCCUCAGCGACUCGAUUGAAUUCGUCCGCUCCAACUUUGACAACGAGGGCGAGCGCAACUACAUCAUGCAGGUCAUCUGCGAGGCUACACAGGCCGACGACACGCGCAUUCAACAAGGCUCGUACGGAUGCCUGAACCGCAUCAUGGGCCUCUACUACGACAAGAUGCGCUUCUACAUGGAGAAGGCGCUAUUUGGUCUGACAAUCCAGGGCAUGAAGAGCGACGAAGAGGAUGUUGCCAAGCUAGCCGUGGAGUUCUGGUGCACCGUCUGCGAGGAGGAGAUUGCCAUUGAGGAUGACAACACACAGGCCCAGGCUGAGGGCUCCACGGAGCUGCGAGAAUACUUCAACUUUGCCCGUGUCGCCACUCAAGAAGUCGUCCCUGUGCUGCUAGAGCUCAUGGCUAAGCAGGAUGAGGACGCUGAUGACAACGAGUACAACACUUCGCGUGCCGCAUACCAAUGUCUGCAGCUGUGGGCUCAAUGUGUCGGCAGCGGCGUCAUGCCGCCUGUUCUGGCUUUUAUUGAAAAGUACAUUCGCUCUGAAGACUGGCAUUACAGGGAUGCGUCUGUUUCGGCCUUUGGCGCCAUCAUGGAGGGGCCCGAGGAAUCAGUUCUGGACCCUAUUGUCAAGCAAGCGCUGCCGACUCUGAUUGGCAUGAUGGACGACCAGAACAUCCACGUCAAGGACUCGGCUGCCUACGCAUUGGGCCGCAUCUGCGAAGCCGUUCCCAGCGCGCUGGACGCACAGCAGCAUCUCCCCCCCCUCAUUGGCGCCCUCUUCAACGGACUUGCCAGCAACCCCAAGAUGGCCGCUUCUUGCUGCUGGUCGCUGAUGAACCUGGCUGAUCGGUUUGCGGGAGAGCCUGGAUGCCAAAGCAACCCGCUAUCGCCUCACUUUGCGCAGAGUGUGCAGAGCCUUCUGCAGGUUACCGAGCGAGCUGAUGCCGACAACACACUGCGCACUGCUGCGUACGAAGUGCUCAACUCGUUUGUCAACAAUGCCGCUGGCGACAGUGUUCCGCUUGUUAACGAACUCUCAAAUGUCAUCCUGGAGCGCUUGGACAAGUCGAUGGCGCUCCAGUCGCAGGUUGUCAACGUUGAAGACAAGCUGACUCUCGAGGAGAUGCAGACCAGCUUGGCCAGUGUCAUCAUGACCAUCAUCCAGCGUCUCGAGACCGACAUCAAGCCUCAGUCUGACCGUAUCAUGCAGGCCUUGCUGAGUCUUUUGUCGUCGCUACCGCCCAAGUCUAGUGUACCCGAUACCGUAUUCGCUGCUAUUGGAUCCAUUGCGACUGCGCUCGAGGACGACUUCCAAAAGUACAUGGAGGCAUUCUCUCCCUUCCUCUACAAUGCCCUGAACAACCAGGAGGAGCCCGCGCUUUGCUCCAUGGCCAUUGGUCUCGUUGCUGACAUUACCCGAUCGCUCGGAGAGAACGUUCAGCCCUACUGCGACGCCUUCAUGAACUCUCUACUCAACAACCUCCGUAGCCCUGCUCUGGGCAACCAGCUCAAGCCUGCUAUCCUGCAAUGCUUCGGGGACAUUGCACACGCCAUCCACGGCGCCUUUGAGACCUACCUUCCUGUAGUCGCCCAAGUGCUCCAACAAGCUGGUCAGGUGACUCUUACGACCGAGGGCAACUACGAGAUGAUUGACUACAUCACCUCUCUCCGGGAAGGCAUCAUGGACGCGUGGGACGGAUGCAUUGUCGCGAUGAAGAGCAGCAACAAGACUCAGCUCAUUGUCCCGUACAUGGACUCGAUUUUUGAUCUUCUGCGAACCAUUCAGCAAGACAGCAACCGCACCGAGGCUCUCCUCCGAUCUUCGUGCGGUGUCAUUGGUGACCUUGCCGACGCCUUCCCUGCAGGUGACUUUAGGGAAUACUUCCGCCACGACUUCCUUACCGCCAUGGCGAGGGAGACACGCGCGAAUGCAGACUUUAGCGGCCGCACGCGCGACACUGCUCGAUGGGCACGCGAGCAGAUCAAGCGCCAGAUUGGCGGCGGCCAAGGCGUCAUGGCCUGA